AUGGAGCUCAGUGUCAAUUACUCGCCACACUCACGUACUUCGCCGUCCAACCGCAGCAAUCCUAGAUUCUACUACGCCACGUUGUUUAUAAAAAGGCAGCGAGUGGUUUCACCCGCUAUUCAACCAGUUGCUCUGUUCCAACUAACGACGAAUGAUGAGUGUUUGAAAGUUAGCAGAUAUCAUGUAUCGCAGCUCAGUCUGUUUUCCAGAAAAAUUUCCAGUCAGACCAACGAAAAUCUACAUUAG